UUCUCUCGGCGCCCCAUGGCUUGCCUAGACUGCGCGCCAGAUAGUGCACGAGCUGGCCUGCUGGGGGCUUUAGUUCGGAGAUUCGUGCGGUGGGUUUUCCACUGUUUGAUCCCUGUUUGUGGCCGCGAGAUUUUAGCUUGUUCCACUUGCUGAAUGCUGAUCAGCGUGGCUCUGGGUCGCUGCGUUAUGUUGAUCACGCUCAUGGUCAAUAUGCAGCGGCUGAUUGGCAUUCCGCCUGUACGAUACUAGGACGUCUCCGUCAAAUUAAACACCUGCAUUAAUAUUAGCUUUUCUAUUUGGGGUAGCAUUUGUGUAUGUUUCAAGUUUCAGUCCUGAUGAAAUAUUUGCUGUGCGUCUGGAAUGGGGGAGGAGGGAAUACAAAUGAAAAGGAAAUUUAAAGGGUGGACCUAACUCGGUUGUACAGACUUAGGUUGUGCGAGCGAGCAACAGAGGAUUUCCCAUACAAUAAUUGCACUAACUAUUCACGAAAGAAGUUCAUUCAGGGCACUGUUGCCUUGUGUUGUUCAACCGAAAACAAUAACAAAAAGGAAUAGGACUUGUGCACUUUGGAUUGGUUUUGAGAUUUUUUGCACAAAGCCUUGCCUCUCUAGCGGUGGCCACCCAUGAGGAGGCAAGCGCAUGCGGAAGUGCUAGAAGUAGUGUGGUAGAAUUGCUAUCGACACCACCAACCGCAGGGUACGGACUGCAGGGAUCAGAAGGUAGGAGAUGAUGGAAGAAUAAUAGUCUGGGAAUCAAGUUGAGGUGCAUGAAUCUCAAGAUUGAGGGAGCGAGAAAGGAGGGAGGCAAAGGAGAUAGCAUAUGGGAUGUCUUCACAGAAGACAAAGAACGUAUCUUAGACAGAAGCAAUGCAGAUGUUGCAGUUGAUCAUUACCAUCGAUACAAGGAAGACAUUGAGCUCAUGGUCAGUUUGGGUUUUCAUGCUUAUAGAUUUUCCAUAUCUUGGGCACGUAUAUUUCCUGAUGGCCUGGGGGAAAAGAUCAAUGAGCAAGGAGUUGCCUUCUAUAACGACCUUAUCAAUUUUAUGAUCGAGAAAGGAAUUGAGCCUUACGCAACCCUCUAUCAUUGGGAUCUUCCAAACAAUCUUCAAAAGACUGUGGGGGGCUGGCUUUCUGACAAGAUUGUGGAGUACUUUGCAUUGUAUGCAGAAGCUUGCUUUGCAAAUUUUGGAGACAGAGUAAAGCAUUGGAUAACAAUCAAUGAGCCUCUUCAAACUGCAGUCAAUGGUUAUGGGAUUGGAGUUUUUGCACCCGGAGGAUGUGAAGGUGAAACUUCUAGAUGUUACUUGGUCGCUCAUCACCAAAUCUUGGCUCAUGCUGCUGCUGUUGAUGUUUACAGAAGGAAAUUCAAGGCUGCACAAGAUGGUGAAGUAGGGCUGGUUGUCGACUGUGAAUGGGCCGAACCGUUUUCUGAGAAAGUAGAAGAUCGAAUUGCUGCAGAACGGAGGCUUGACUUUCAACUUGGAUGGUACCUAGACCCAAUAUAUUUCGGUGAUUACCCAGAAAGCAUGCGUCAGCGGCUGGGCAAUGAUCUUCCAACCUUCUCAGAGAAAGAUAAAGAAUUCAUCAGGAACAAAAUUGAUUUUAUUGGACUAAAUCAUUAUACUUUGAGAUUCAUUGCUCAUCAUCAGAAUCCAGAAGAUAUCUAUUUUUAUCGAGUACAACAAGUGGAGAGAAUUGAAAAACGGAAUAGUGGUGAAAAAAUUGGUGAAAGGGCUGCAUCUGAAUGGCUUUUCAUAGUUCCUUGGGGUCUUCGUAAAUUACUUACUUAUAUAGCAAAGAGAUACGAAAAUCCAGCAAUUUAUGUAACUGAGAAUGGCAUGGAUGAGGAAGACGAUCAAUCGGCACCCCUUGACCAGGUUUUAAAUGACACAACGAGAGUUGGUUACUUCAAAGGAUACCUUGCUUCAGUUGCACAAGCAAUCAAGGAUGGAGCUGAUAUUCGAGGAUACUUUGCAUGGUCAUUCCUUGACAACUUUGAGUGGGCUAUGGGAUACACCAAGAGGUUUGGCAUUGUUUAUGUCGAUUACAAGAAUGGGCUUUGCAGACAUCCUAAAGCAUCAGCCCUGUGGUUCUCACGCUUCUUGAAGGGCGAGGCUGCUGAAAACUAAGCUGACAAACUGAGCGAAUCUACAACAAGUAAAGGAACAUUACAUAUACAGUAAAUGUUUCUCCUGUUGUUGUAUCUUACAGUGACCGCCAGUGUAUAUAUUCAUCAUAAUAAUCUCAGAUGUGCUAUGUAGUUUGUCAAUGAUCCAAA